AGGCCUCAAAAAACUACCAAAAAUUGCUUGAUAUCUGAGCCAAAUAAUGAGUCGUCAGAGAUAUCAUUCAUCAGAGAGCUUAUCUAAGCGCCACAGGUCUCAUCAUAGUAGCUAUGAUCAUGAUAGAGACUCGAGAUAUAUGAAAGAUAGAGAGAGCAGAAAUAAGGAACAGGACAGGGAAAAGGAGCAGAGAUCUUAUACAAAAGGAACAUCAGAAGGGUCUUCUCAGGCUAAAGAUGAUGAGAAGGAGCGUAUGCGUAUUAAGCAGGAAAAAAUCCAGCAAUUUUUGCGCCAACGUGCAGCACGUAUGGCAGAAAAAGAAAAGGAAAAUACAGGGUCAACAGAGAAAGAAAUAAAGGAAAAUGAACAGAAAAGUUCUGUUCCAAGUAUUGGAGCAUGUGGUUCAGUUUCUGGAUUUGAAUUUGGUCGAACAGUUACAAAAAAGUCUAGUCAAGCUAUAACGCUUGAUGAUGAUGAGAAAAAACGCAAGAUUCCUAUGGCAUCUCAUGGAGAUGAAGACAAUUCUGAAGAAUCAUUACAGAAAGAACAAAAGAAUGCAGAAAAUGAGGAAGAAGAGGUGGAUCCAUUGGAUUUAUUUAUGCAAGGAAUGGAUGAAGUAAUUAAACGAGAUGCAGAAGAGAAAGUAGAGAAUCAUUUGAGUCGAGAUGAGCUUUUAGAUAAUAAGGAAGAUAGCGAGGAAGAGGAGGAAGAGAAUACUAUUAAUGAUCCAAGAGAUAUAUUGGCAUUUGCACAGAAAAAAAUGAAAAAAAGAGAAUUACCUAAUAUUGAUCAUUCAAAGAUUCAUUAUGAACCGAUUCGAAAAAAUUUCUAUGUUGAACCACAUGAGCUUUCUGAAAUGACUGAGCAAGAAGUUAAUGAUUAUCGUUUAGAAUUGGAUGGAAUUAAAAUAAGAGGUCUUAAUUGUCCUAAACCGAUUCAGAAUUGGAGUCAAUGUGGUCUUCCUGCCCAUGUAUUAGAUAUUAUUUAUCAACUUAAAUAUGAAAAGCCGACAGCUAUUCAAGCUCAAGCAAUUCCUGCUAUUAUGACUGGAAGAGAUAUAAUUGGUGUUGCAAAAACAGGGAGUGGAAAGACUAUUUCAUUUCUUCUUCCAAUGUUUCGACAUAUUAAAGAUCAGCGUCCUAUUGAUUCUUUAGAGGGGCCUAUUGCACUUAUUAUGACUCCAACUAGAGAAUUAGCUGUACAAAUUCAUAAGGAAUGUAAGCAUUUUUUAAAGGUUUUAGGACUUAGAGCAGUAUGUGCAUAUGGAGGUUCUCCAAUUAAAGAUCAAAUUGCAGAACUUAAGAGGGGUGCAGAAAUUGUAGUAUGUACACCUGGUCGUAUUAUAGAUUUGCUUGGAGCAAACCAAGGUCGGGUUACUAAUUUAAAAAGAACAUCAUAUAUUGUUCUUGAUGAGGCAGAUCGUAUGUUUGAUUUAGGUUUUGAGCCUCAAGUUAUGAAGGUUAUUAAUAAUGUAAGACCGGAUCGUCAAACGGUUUUAUUCUCUGCUACAUUUCCAAAACAAAUGGAUAUUCUUUCUAGGAAAAUUUUACAGAAACCAAUUGAAAUUACAGUGGGUGCUCGUAGUGUUGUUGCUUCUGAAAUACAACAACUUGUAGAAGUGUGCACUGAGGAUAAUAAAUUUGUUCGACUUCUUGAACUUCUUGGUAAUUUGUAUGUUAAUGACGAUGAUGUGCGUACAUUAGUUUUUGUGGAUCGCCAGGAAGCAGCAGAUAGUUUACUAAGGGAUCUAAUGCGUCGAGGAUAUCCAUGUAUGUCAAUUCAUGGUGGAAAAGAUCAAUUUGAUCGUGAUUCAACAAUUGCGGAUUUUAGAGCCGGUGUUUUUCCUAUUCUUAUUGCUACAUCAGUUGCUGCUCGUGGUUUAGAUAUUAAACAAUUAAAAUUAGUUGUUAAUUAUGACUGUCCAAAUCAUUUAGAAGAUUAUGUUCAUCGUGUUGGAAGAACUGGACGAGCAGGAGAAACUGGAACAGCUGUUACAUUUAUAACACCUGAACAAGAUCGCUAUGCUGCUGAUAUUGUUAGAGCUUUACGAAUUAGCAAAGCUAAUAUUCCAGAAGAUGUUCAAAAUUUAGCAAAUGAAUUCAUAAAAAAGGUUAAAUCAGGCCAAGAAAAAGCAAGUGGAUCAGGAUUCGGUGGCAAAGGUCUUGAUAGACUUGAUAAAGAUAGAGAUUUAGCUAGAAAAUUACAAAGAAGGGCCUAUGGAGAGGAAAGUGAUGAAGAAAUAGAUGUUUUCGAUGAUGAUUAUGAAUAUUCAAAAAUGGAUCUUUAUGAUAUGGCAGAGCCAGAUGUACCUUUUAAAACUGACUCUAAUGCCGAUUCAAAUUCAUCGUCUGCUGCUUCACAGACAAAUAAAAAAGGGAAUAUAACAGAUGAUAUAUUGGAACGUGUACGUAAGGCAGCUGGUUCAGUGACAUCUCGGUUACAAGGUCAAUCACGCUCCGGAAUUACAAUAGAAUCUGGUGGUCCUGAUUCAAGAGAAUUUACUGCUACAAUUGAAAUUAAUGACUUUCCGCAAAAAGCAAGAUGGGCUGUCACUAAUCGCACAAAUAUUGCUCGAAUUAUUGACUUGACAGGAACAUCUAUUACGAAUAAAGGUAACUGGUAUCCACCUGGAAAACCUGUACCACCUGGAGAAACAAAAUUAUAUAUUCUUAUUGAAGGAGAGACCCAAAUAUCUGUCGACCGGGCAUUAUAUGAGCUUAAACGUUUACUAACUGAAGGAACUGUUUCGGCAUUGGAGAGUGAAAUACGUUCCGGAAUAAGUGGAAGAUAUUCUGUUUUAUGAAUGAUAUCAUGAUUUUAAUUUUUUUUGUAUGAAAUCUAAUAUUUAUU